AUGAAGCUCCUCUCUUGCUGCGCACUCUCACUCUCCCUGAUUGGCUCGGCCAUUGCAUCCAUAACCAGCAAUGUCGUCCCUGUUGAACUUUCAUCCCUCGCCAAUGACUGUACGCCCAAGAUUUAUACCGAUGCUGGCACUAUUGAGGCGAUUCGAAACACCCUAGCGAUCUACCCUUUUGCGAUUGAUGGCAAAAACUUCGAUGCCCUCAGCAAGGUGUUCAGCGCUGACGCCAUAGCUAACUAUUCAGAACCCCUGAAUGUCUUGACACCGCUGCAUUCUAUUCAAUCUGUAUUGAAGCAGAGCCUGGCAUGCGUGACGACACAGCACUUGUACGGCACCCAGUGGAUCGAUGUACUAUCACCCACUACCGCGCAAUCGGUAACGUACUUUCGUGCCGCCCACUUUGGUAAAGGAGAUACCGAGGGCCAGGUUCUCUACGCCUAUGGCCAAUACCAGGACAACUGGGAGCGUCAAAUUUUGGGUACCUGGCGCAUCGUGCAUCGCAACUUGGUUUACAUGGGCCCCCAAAUUGGCAACGAGACUGUUUUCGUCUGCUAG